AGUCCGAAGAAGCAGUGGAAAAAAGCAUAAGGUUGAAAAAUUAAAACUUGAUGGUGAAACGAAUAAAGUUUUUAGUGGUUUAAUUCCUGUACAAAAGAACCUGCGGUAUUUCGUUUGAAGCAAACAAAAUCUGUAAAGUUUUGCGACAGCUCUCAAAUGCAUUCUGUCCCUGCGUUAAUAUUGAUAACAUUAGUGAUUACGAGAGGGAGGAGCUGCUGAUUUACUUUUUGGAAACAUCUCAACGCGAGGUUUUUUAAAUCUAAACUCUACUUUGUGUCGACUUCUUAUCAACAAGUUGUAGUAAGCAUUCAACAAAAAUCGCAAUGAGCCGUAAAAAUGAAACAGAACGACAGAAGCAGAUCCAAGAAAAAUGUCAAUUGCUGCUGACCAAAAUGCUUCGUGAUGACGACAACAAGUAUUGCGUCGAUUGCGAUGCUAAGGGACCACGGUGGGCUUCGUGGAAUUUGGGAGUGUUCUUGUGUAUACGCUGUGCCGGUAUUCAUCGCAAUCUUGGUGUACACAUUUCCCGUGUUAAAUCUGUUAACCUAGAUAGCUGGACACCGGAGCAAGUGGUAUCGCUGGAACAAAUGGGUAAUUCGCGUGCUAGAGCUGUUUAUGAAGCACUGCUGCCGGAUGGAUUUCGUCGUCCGCAGACUGAUUCUGCUUUGGAGAGUUUUAUUCGCGCCAAAUACGAGCAUAAAAAAUAUCUCGCCAGAGAGUGGGUUCCACCGCCCCCUCCGAAAGUCGAUUGGGAUAAAGAAAUCGACGAGGAAAUCGAGCGGCAAAAGCGUAAGAAGAAAACGGCGUCAAGCGGCGGACAUAUCUCGAUCACUUCACCCGUUUCCACAAUAAGUUCUCAACACGGGGAUAAAAAGACUGGUUCUGCAUCAAGUUCAACGACUGUUGCAGGUCCGCUUUUAAAGCUUAAAGCACCAGUCAGUAGUACGAAAACAUCUAAUAGAACUUCUACGGAAAGUACUAAUUCUUCGUUGACCUCUGCGGUCGUAAAUAACCAGGGAACAUCGGAUUUAUUGGGUCUUUCUCUGGGAACGACCGAAACCGCACCUAGAAAAACUAAUAGUGAAGGUAGCAGCUCGCUGGACAUCUUGUCGAGCGGAUCCAAUCGACCGACAGAGAAUGCUACAGCAGGUGGUGACGAUUUAACUAAUUUGGCGAAAGAAGAGGCAGAUUUCUUCAAUCAAGCACCCAGUAAGACGGGCGAACUGCAAGGCAAACUUACGAAAGACAACAUUUUGGCAUUGUACAGGUCAGCUCCCCCAACAAUGGCAAACAACAACUUUAAUGCCAAUCUAGGAGGUUUUGGUAGUUUCAAUAGUUAUCAACCAAACGCUUAUCCUUCGACAACGGCCAGCAUACACGCAAAUCCCUAUCAGAUUAACAAUGGUCAGUCCUCCGUUACUGCAGCGGGUGGCUUUGGUGCUUUUCAAGCAUUUCCUAGCAAUGGUCAGUUUAUGAUUCCUGCGGCAGGUGCACCUACAACUGUGCCGCCCAAUCCUAUGUUGUAUAGCAAUGGUCCCUACCCUGCUACAGCCACAACUCAAUCAAAACCUGCAUUUGGUGCAAUUCAAUUCCAAAAUCCUGUUCACCAACAGCAACAGCAACAGCAGCAGCAAAUGAGUAACUUUGCUGGAGGCACUGGAAUGACACCCGCUGCGUUUGCUAACUUUCCCGCGCAGCAGACCCAAACACAAUCCGACAAACUAAGCAAUCAAUUUGGUAAUAUGAAUCUACGAGACGUAUGGCAAUAAUCUAGGGUUUUGAAAUGCCGCUUUCUAUAUUCAUACUGCUAAAGCAAACAUAAAAAUGAUACACAGACUAGAAAAAUCAAACGGUAAACAAAAAUAAUACAUCUACUUACACGGAAAAACUCAUCCUACCUUAACUGUGCAGACGAAAAAAGAAAUAUAUUUACUUAUAUAUUUUACUACUUAAACCAGUACACGAUAACGUUAGGAGAAUUGGUUUAUAAAACAGGAACUUUAUUAUCAAUGAAUUUAUAGACCUUGGAUUAAAGUAGAUAUAAGUAAAUACAGAUAAGCAACAUUGUACAAGUGGAUGCGAUACAGAGAACUGUUAUGUUACUUAUGUCAUCAUCAUCGUCGUCGUGUCUGAAUAUAAGUGAUCCUUUCUCCACUUAAACAAUGGUACAUCUUUAAGGGAAAUCUGUUAUGUGACUGCGUGUAUAAAAAACCGAUAAAAAUUAUCUACCCUCUCCGUACUACGUUAUCGUAUAUGUUAAUUCAGUUAUGCAUUCUAAAAACGCUAGAAUUAGAGCUAUGAGUAAAUUAUUAAAACAAAAAAAAAUCAAAAGUCAAACGCAGAUGAACACAGAAAGGCGAUAUUUGAGACAUAGCUACCUAUUUGCUUCUUUAUUCGUACAUUGCUGUCAGCGUGUUAUUUUGCGCAAUAUACAUUCAAACACACACGCGCGCACUUGGUAUUACAUUCAUUAAUUGCGUCGUAUAUAGUAAGAUUAGCAGCGAUAGGUGGAGACAGUAUUUGAAAAAAUCCGUUUUAGCUAAAGAAAAAAGUAUUCAGUCCGAUCACAUGAGCUAGGGGGACAUUGGACAGGUGAGAAAUAGUAAUAUCAAACAAACCUAGAUAACAUACAACCGAUCAAUUCAACAACAGAGUUCUCUGUAAAAAGUUAAAAUGAGAAAAUAAAUAUGAACUAUUAUCGAUAUGGAUUAAAAUGAUUGAAACUGGAUGGUAAAUAAAUAGCAGA